UAAGGGCAGGACUUGGGGGAACAUUCACUGCCAAAAUUAAUCAACAAUAGAACAGUGAAAACGCUUUAGCACUCUCUUAUUUUGGAUAGAGAACCUGCAGAACCGUCUUAAGAUAAUUAAUCUUUUUAGAAAGUUAUCUUAAUCUCUCAUCAAUUAUGCAACUGACUAUUCAAGUGAACAACAGGUUGCAAAAUACGCGCCUCGCGCAAUAACCGCUAAAUCCAUGGCAUUAUUUUCGUUAGCCUUGUGGAUGUAUUUUCUUUACUUCGGCACGUGCCGGAUACCUUGUAGAAUCGCCGUUACACUAUGAUGAAAUCAUAUGUUAAGUUUUUAAGAAAUCUGCAGUGAUGCUGGACAGUUUCUGCAGAUACAAUCAACGCACAGAUCUAAGCUUUUCGCGUGGACCCGGAGAAGUGAUCAGUUUAGCAAUAUGUGGGAGGCGAAGCUCCGCCUCGGCGUGUUUAAACGCAGCGGACGUGUUUGAAUCCAGUAAGUAGCUAGUAAGUGAGCCAGUCGGAGGGAUCCGAAACAGGAAUAGGGCGACUGUGUUCACGGGCUGCAGACGGACAUGUACAACUUUAAUCUGUCACACGAUCUGUAAUGGUGAGACUGGCUGAGGUCAUCUGGCGCUGUACUAUUUGAGCGGCGGCAGGAGUUGCAGUCCUCCAGCUACACUGUAUGACAGUGCAAAGACUGGGUUACAGGAAGGUCCGUAUCCAACUUCAUAGCAGCGGGAGCUCAAACUGUGGACUCGAUACAAGAGAUACUGUAGAUGAUGGUCCCUUUCACGCCGUGCCUCUGCCUGUGGCUUGGAGCCUGGGUGUCAACGGCUAGCGGGCUGGAUUUUCGUUACCAUAACACGGUCGAAGUGGAACGAUACCUAAAAGCUGUCAACAGAAACUAUUCGUCGCUGACGCACCUACAUAGUAUUGGGAAAUCCGUGGAAGGGAGAGACCUGUGGGUGCUGGUUCUUGGUGAACGCCCAACCGAACACAGGAUCGGGAUUCCCGAGUUCAAGUAUGUGGGAAACAUGCAUGGCAAUGAGGUGGUGGGACGCGUGAUGCUGCUGCACCUGAUCGAGCUCCUGACCCAGGGCUACCUGAGCGACCCCCUGAUCACCAGCAUCCUCAACAGCACCCGCGUCCACGUCCUGCCCUCCAUGAACCCCGACGGCUUCGAGGCCUCCACCCGCAACUGCAUGUACUCGGAUGGGAGGUUCAACAAACACGGUGUGGACCUGAACCGCAACUUCCCGGACGCUUUCGAGAGGGACGAGGAAGAGCAGAGGGAGGCGGAGGUGCGGGCGGUGAUGGACUGGCUGGAUUCGGAGCCCUUCGUGCUGUCGGCGAACCUCCACGGAGGCGCCGUGGUGGCCAGCUACCCCUACGACAACAGCAACGGAGGAGGAGAGUUACAGGGGAGCUCUAGCGUCUCCCCCGACAACGACGUCUUUGUCCACCUCGCCAAGACCUACUCCUUCAGUCACACCAGCAUGCAGAAGGAGAACAACUGCUACGAAAAGGGCUUCAAGGACGGCAUCACCAACGGGUUCUACUGGUACCCUCUGGCAGGAGGAAUGCAGGACUACAACUACGUGUGGCGCCAGUGUCUGGAGAUCACCCUGGAACUGUCCUGCUGCAAGUACCCCCCCGAAACGGAUCUGCCCGGCAUGUGGGAAGCCAACAAGCCUGCCCUGCUGGCCUACAUGCAGCAGGUCCACCUAGGUGUGAAGGGGCAGGUCCUGGAUUCGGCAGGGGCCCCGGUACAGAACGCCCUGGUGGAGGUGGAAGGGAGGAGGAAUCUCUGCCCAUUCCGAACAGACAGGAACGGGGAGUACUACAGACUGCUGCUGCCAGGAGACUACACUUUCAAGGUGACAGCUCCGGGGCAGGAGUCAGUGACGAAGACGCUGUCGAUUCCGUACGGGCCGGACAGUUUCUCCGCCCUGACGCACGACUUCGUCCUUCAGAGGAGCAGCAUCGGCGGCGGCCCGGACACUACCGACCCCACCGAGUCCUGCACCGCCCGGGUGUGGAACCCGGCAGGCAGCCACAGCGCCGCCCUGCUGGCCCCGCGGCUCGUGCCCCUGCUGGUCCUGACGCUGUGCAGACUGCUGCUCUGAGCCAACGACCAGAGCUGCGGACAGUUGUGUCGAACUCCUACGUUCUGACAGAGCCUUUCUGAUGCCUUUCUCACGCACUGUGCUAAGGCUACGCCUGAAAAAAAAAGUGCCAGCCGGAGUGGAAACACUGUGCUACACGGAGAGGGACAAGCGAUCCUCCAGAGGAGACUGUGCUCCCUCGCUGUGCGCUCAUAUCUACAACCACGGCCAUUAUAGAGCGAACACUCGCCACUGUUUAAACACCGUGUACUUAUUAUGCCUGAUAUUGUGGCCGUCUGAACACUGACAUUGAGUAUCUGUGUGAGCAACCAUGAACAUUUCACACCGAGAACUUGUAUCUGCAGCCACACUGCUUCCAUCACUGGGCAUGCAGAUCCACAGACAGCGUUCCCCAGGACAGAGUUCCACUGGUCUCCAUGUAAAAAGCCUCACGGCACCUGCUGCUCUGGGCCUGGCCCGCAGCUGGAUCUCUCACCACAGGUGAAGCCUGGAGGCCCUGGCUGCCACAGCUUUUUGACAUGUUUUUGACUAAACAUGUAGGACUAGGCUCAGCAGACUACUGACACGUAAGGUACAGAAGACAAAAGGAGGUCACCGUUUAAUAUGCCACAGACAUCCUUUGGCUAAACUCUUCUCCUAAAGAGUUCACUUUCAACUGCCAGUUUUUGAGGGUUGCAGUUUCAAAGUCUUCAUCAUUUAGAGAGCCCACAACAAUUGUCAGUUGUCACUUGAAUAAAUAAGGCGAGUCUAAGUCUCAAACUAAAAACAAGUAUUUUUUCUUGUUUGAAGUAUAUAGAAUAUGAAGACAAAAAUGCUCAUGUGAUGGGAAAUAUUGUGCUUAUUAGCAUUUAACAUUUUCUUAUCAUUUUUCCUCUCCCAAAGGAUCGACACAAUUAAACUUUAGUGACAUUUAUGAAAUGUUUCAGAUCAGUUCAGCUUUACUUGGGUGAAACCCUAAUGUCCUGGUAUUUAUGACAAUCUGUCCUCUGGCCUUCAACCGAUACGAUAAACAUAGGCAUUGUUUAUAUGCAAAUCUGACAGAGCUGACAAACUGGAUUUAUGAAUAUGAAAUACACGUGGUUCUGUUGACACACAACGUGAUUUGUGUUGCACAUCCAGAAGCUCAAACCACAUUUUUUCCUAGUUGUAUACAUAUUAAUGUUGGAGGCAGGAGAAGAUGGAACCCUGAUACUGGAAGAAUGUGAACCCAUCAGCUAAAAAAUAAAAUAAACCUCAAACAAGAA